AUGGGCGGCCCGGCGGGGCCAGCGGCACCGCAGGCACCCGACGGUGCUGGUGCCCGGAAGGUGGUGGUAAUUAAGUCCGAGCAGCAGCAGGCAACAGCACACCAAAAGGACACCGAAGGACAUUCGGUCAUGGACGGUGGUUCGGUUCGGUUUCGGUUCGAAAACGGACACGAACGCGGAAAAGCGGAACAAGAAGAAGCAGAACACGAAGAGGAGGAGGGGCGGCAGGAAGUGUUGGUGAGCCCGGCCGCCGAGGUUAGGAACUUCGUCCUUAGCGCGACGAAUCAGUGCAUCGUGUAUCCGUCGUCCCGUGAGACGCGGAACCUCGUGAAGGAGGAACCGAAGGACGAGAAGGGACCCCUGUCCCCGCCACCCCUGCACCACCACCAUCAGCCCUCGUUGCUCCACAUGCACCACAACCACCCGAAGAAAACGCUCAAGCUGGCCAUUUCGAUGCCGGCGGCAGCGGCCGCCGUGACGGCCGUGGCUGCCGCUGGGCGACCCACCGCCGUCUCGGGUCGUCUCUCGUCCUCCUCCCCACAGCCACCACCACCACCACCGCUGGCACUUCGGCUCGAUGGCCUCGAGGGGCUCGGGGACCCCUCGGGUAGCAAUGGCCAGCCGCCCCGAGGAUCAUCGCAAGGUGUGCGCGUCAUCCGCGACGGUCGUCGGUUCUAUCAAUCGCAGAGCACCGCGGCGGUCCCUGUCACGGUCGCCAACCCCCCGGAUGACACUCCGAGUGGUGGCGAAGAGGACGAAGAUGAGGAGGAAGAGGAAGAAGCCGACGAAGAAGAAGAUCGAGACUCUGGUGAACCGGAUGGCCGCAUGAUGAUCGUACCGAACGGUGUUGGUGCCAUUCGCUCACCGAUGCACCACUACCGUGGUGGGGUAGUCGUGGCCCCGCCAACCUCCACCACCACCACCACCAUCGUGGUGCCGAUCGGUGGUCCGCCACGGGCCACAAUGUCUUCGCCGUCUUCGGCGUUGGUUUCAAGCAGCAAGCAGCAUCAUCAGCCGCUGGCGGCUGGUGUGGCCGCGCCGGGACACGUCACGUCGAUGCAGCCACCACCGCCACCGCCACCUCUGAAGCUGUGCUCCACUAAGGGUGUGGUGUCGUCCAUGGGUGGCCACGAGGAGCCGUCCAGUUCCAUGCCGGAUUUGGAGUUCGACGGCACGACGGUGCUGUGCCGGGUGUGCGGCGACAAGGCGUCCGGCUUCCACUACGGCGUCCACUCGUGCGAAGGCUGCAAGGGCUUCUUCCGGCGGUCGAUCCAGCAGAAGAUCCAAUAUCGGCCGUGCACCAAGAACCAACAGUGCAGCAUCCUGCGGAUAAACCGCAACCGGUGCCAGUACUGUCGGCUGAAGAAGUGCAUCGCCGUCGGCAUGAGCCGCGAUGCGGUCAGAUUCGGGCGCGUGCCGAAGCGGGAGAAGGCCCGGAUCCUGGCGGCGAUGCAGCAGAGCACGCAGAACCGGGGGAACCAGCGGGCGCUGGCCAGCGAGCUCGACGAUCAGCCCCGGCUGCUGGCGAGCGUGCUCCAGGCGCACGUCGAGACGUGCGAGUUUACGCGCGAAAAGGUGUCCGCCAUGCGGCAGCGGGCCCGCGACAGCCCCAGCUACUCCAUGCCCACCCUGGCCUGCCCACUGAACCCGGCGCCGGAGCUGCAGUCGGAGCAGGAGUUUAGCCAGCGGUUUGCGCAUGUCAUCCGCGGCGUGAUCGACUUCGCCGGCAUGAUCCCGGGCUUCCAGCUGCUGACGCAGGACGACAAGUUUACGCUGCUGAAGGCCGGCCUGUUCGAUGCGCUGUUCGUGCGGCUGAUCUGCAUGUUCGACACGGCGCUCAACUCGAUCAUCUGCCUCAACGGGCAGGUGAUGCGCCGGGACACGAUCCAGAACGGUGCGAACGCGCGCUUCCUCGUCGACUCGACGUUCAACUUUGCCGAGCGCAUGAACUCGAUGCAGCUGACGGACGCGGAGAUCGGGCUGUUCUGUGCGAUCGUGCUGAUCACACCGGACCGGCCCGGUCUGCGCAACGUCGAGCUGAUCGAGCGGAUGUACUCGAAGCUGAAGGCCUGCCUGCAGACGGUGGUCUCGCAGAACCGGCCGGACAAGCCGGAGUUCAUGCAGGAGCUGCUGCGCACGAUGCCGGACUUGCGGACGCUCAGCACGCUCCACACGGAGAAGCUGGUCGUGUUCCGGACCGAGCACAAGGAGCUGCUGCGUCAGCAGCAGAUGUGGUCCGCCGACGCGGCCGGCGAGGCCGAAGGGGCGACACCGCAGCAACCGGGCGGGGCGGAAGCCAAGAGCCCGGCCAGCAGUACGGCGAGCGGGUGGAGCUGCGACGGUAACCAGGUCGAAGUGGACCUGCUGAUUGCGGCCAAGAGCCCGAUGAGCUCCGUCUCGAGCACGGAAUCGACGUCCGAAACGUCCUCGUCCUCGUCCUCCGAGUACGGUAACCAUCACCUGCACCACCACCAUCACCAUCAGCACCUGCAUCACGGGGGCAUUUCGUCCGCCGCUUCGUCGUCGGCCCCCCUACUGGCGGCGACCCUGUCCGGCGGGUCCGUCUCCUGCCCCAUCAUCCGGCACCGGGCGAGCUCGGGUUCGUCGGCGGAGGACGAUCUGAUCGGUGGCACCGCGCAGCAUCUGGCCCAGAACGGGCUCACCAUCACCCCGGUCAUCCGCUCGAUCGGUUCCUCCUCGUCCUCCGCUUCGUCGUCCUCGGUGGCGACGGCGGCAGGGGCGGCCACGACGGGUGCUACCACCACGACGCAUCAUCACAUGUCGCGCUACCGCAAGCUCGACUCUCCCACCGAUUCCGGCAUCGAGUCGGGCAACGAGAAGCACGACAAUCCGCUGCCAACGCAGCCGCAUCACCACGGGUUGCUGCACCAUCACCACCACCACCACCCGAAGCACCCGGCCGGAAGUGGCAGCGUCAGCAGUGGGUCCUCGUCCUGCUCCAGUCCUCGCUCUUCCCUCGAGGACCAAUCGCUGGAGGACGGCACCGGCAAGCCUGCGGCGGUGCAGGCCGGUCCUCCACCGCGGCACGUGGUCAGCGUCGACAACAUGCCGGUCCUGAAGCGGGUCCUGCAGGCGCCGCCCCUCUACGACACCAACAGCCUGAUGGACGAGGCGUACAAACCGCACAAGAAGUUCCGCGCCAUGCGGCACCGCGAGAGCGAAGCGGAGGCCGCCAUCGUGGUGGCCUCCCCGUCCUCCUCCUCCUCCUCUGCGGCUGGCCGGCUAGAAACCAUCACGACGUCGUCGUCGUCGUCCGCCAUCGUGCUCCGUGCGUCAUCGUCCUCACCGAAGCCGCCCGUCUCCCCGUACCAUCAGGCGGCCUCCUCGCCGGCCCCGCAGCAGUCGCAGCUGCACAUGCAUUUAACGCGGCCACAGCCCGCCGCGUCCCACCAUCACCACCACCACCAAAGCGGGCCACCGAGCGGCGGCUUCCUCCAGCAAUCGGCGGCGGCGGCCACCUCCCGGUGUAGUCCGCAGCUUCUGCAGGGCGGCGGCGGCGCUACCACUCCGCAGCCGCAACCUCCGUCGUCGCUGUCCAGCACCCACUCGGUGCUGGCCAAAUCGCUGAUGGAGGAACCGCGGAUGACGCCGGAGCAGAUGAAGCGCACGGACAUCAUCCACAACUACAUCAUGCGCGAGUCGGCCCACGAGCAGCAGCACCGCGCUGACCACCACCUCCAGCACCACCACCACCACCAUCAGAACUUUAUCAAACAUACCUCACAGACCGGCGGUGGUGCCGCCGGUGGGCUGCUGGUGUGCGGUUCCGGGUCCUCCGGCACGACCUUCCAGCAUCGGGCUUCCCCGCACCUAACCGUGUCCGCGGUGUCGCCCUCACCUUCCUCCUCCUCGUCGUCCUCGAGCUCGUCCAGCUCGUCGUGUCCGUUCGGUGCCGGCAAGUGGCCACCGAACGGAGGUGGUGGCACCGCCAGCGUCAUCACGACGACCCGGGGUCAGCAGACGCCCUCACCGUCGCUGGCCAGCAGCCUCACACCGCCCGAUACCUCCUCGUCCUCGUCACCAUCGUCGGUCGCUUCGCCGUCCUCCUCGUCCUCGUCGUCCACGUCCUCAUCCAGCAUCCGCUACUUCCAGUCGCCCCACUCGACGAUGGCAUCGUCUCCGUCACCCGGUUCACCCACCACCACCACGUCGGUGGUUGUGGUGCCCGUCCCACCGACGGCGGCCGGCGCCGCCACCUCACCCUCACCGCGGCUUCUCGAGCUGAAGGUAGAGAUCGCCGCCGGUGGAGUCACACCGACGACGGCGGCGGCCGAUCCGGCUGCCUCCCUAGCGCAGCCACUGAAUCUGUCCAAAAAGUCACCCUCACCGGCCCCGGCGGCCCACCACGCGAUCGUUUCGGUCGUAAGGCCACCGAUCGGUGGUGGGGCUGUUGCUGCUUCAACGCCCUCCUCGGUCGUCGUGGUGGCCACCAGCAGCUCGGCGGGCGGCAAUGACACGGCGGCGGUGCCGACCCAGCAGCAGCAGCAGCAGAUCCACAAAAUCCUGCUCGAGGCGUAA